UCGUCCAAUAUGAUAAUGCGAACCAAUUAAUUCCCUCCUUUGUUUUCUUUCUAUGUUUUUUCCAAUUUAUUAUCAACCUUGCUCUUCUCCUACUCCUUUAUUUCACGUACAUAACACAAACACUUUAUAUAAUAAAAUUCAAUAUAAUUAUAAGCAAAAAGAUAGAUAAUAUAUCAUAGAAAUUGAGAGGUGAAUCUUUGUUGAAGUUGAGGUAUGGGGAGGGGAAGAGUGCAAUUGAAGAGGAUUGAGAACAAGAUCAAUAGGCAAGUGACAUUUUCAAAGAGAAGAUGUGGUUUGCUGAAGAAAGCUCAUGAGAUCUCUGUGCUUUGUGAUGCUGAAGUUGCUCUUAUUGUCUUCUCCAACAAAGGAAAACUCUAUGAAUAUUCAAGCGAUCCCUGUAUGGAAAGAAUUCUAGAACGAUAUGAAAGGUAUUCAUAUGCGGAGAGGCAACGUGUUCCAAAUGAUCAGCCACAAAAUGAAAAUUGGAUUAUAGAACAUGCAAAGUUGAAGGCAAGGUUGGAAGUCAUACAGAAAAAUCAAAGGAAUUUUAUGGGUGAAGAACUUGAUGGCUUAAGUAUGAAAGAGCUUCAGAAUUUGGAGCAUCAGCUUGAUUCAGCUCUCAAACAAAUUAGAUCAAGGAAGAACCAAGUUGUGUAUGAAUCCAUUUCAGAGCUCCAAAAAAAGGUAACUUUAAGUAACUUCAUUUUAAUAUCAAAGUUAAGCUUGAAUUGGCUCUUUAACUUGUAUAUCAGCAUUUUUUUUUUGUAUUCACUGCAGGAUAAAGCCCUUCAAGAAAAAAACAAGCUUCUCACAAAAAAGAUAAAGGAGAAAGAGAAGGCACUAGCCCAACUAGAGCUACAGAACGAUGGUAUGGAUCUAGCCUCUGCUGCACUUGUACCUCAAUCAAUGGAGACAUUAAAUAUUGGAGAUGAUAAUGAAGAAAGCCAAAGUCGAUCUAACGCCCUUCUUCCACCAUGGAUGCUUCGUCCUAUAAAUGACUAGAAGAUUAUUACAUUAAACAACAUAUCAUAUGUUUAAUAUUAAAUUAUAAUUAUCAAUAUUAGUGACUAGUUAUAUAGACUUACAUAUACAACAUUUCAUAGGAAGAUUAUUAUCGCAUAUACAACAUUUCAUGUUGGAUAUAAUAUCGCUUUGACAUAUCAUGUUUAAUCCAUUUUGUUGUCAAGGAAUGUAUUAUUAUUAUUAUUAUUGAGUGAAGCAUUUGUUAUAUACAAAAUGGUUUAACUAACUA